GGUUGCAAUUGCAAAACUUAACAAUUUUUCUCGCCUGGAGCCCACACUUCAGCUCCUUGGUGUGCAGUUUAACAAGAAUGUGGCCCAAGACAUAAUGGCAGGACAGCAUGGGGCUGCAACAAAGCUUUUAUAUGAAUUGUAUAUUGCUUUAGAAAAAAAGAGAAAGGCAAAGCUCACUGGAAUAGCCAUGGAAACAAUGAGACCUGCAGCAGUUGCAAAGCUUAAGUCUAUUGAAAGUGUUUUGUAUCAAGAGCGUUUGAAAACUUUAAUGCCACGUCAGACUGAUUUGCAACUACAGCAGAUUUCAGAGCGUUUUGAAAUAAAAUCUAAGGCAACAGAAGAUAAAAUAGCUCGUAUACGUAUUGCAGAACAACAGAAAGUUCAGAAGCUCCAAGAGGAACAAAGAGCACAAGACAUGGAAAAGCAUCGCAUAGGAAGAAGGAGACAAAAUGAAAUAAUGGCCAGGAUUCAAGCAGCCAUUAUACAGGUUCCAAAGCCAUCACCAAACCGCACCAUAAAAGCUAUUGAAGCAAAAAGGUUCUUAAAGAAUAAAAGAGAAGCAGAGAAUACAUACAAGGAGAUUAAAAAGUUUGAGACCGAUAUACAAGAAUCGCUGCAAACACAGAAGUUACAAGCAACAACACUAGAAACUACAGCACAGACAGCAACUGAGCUGUUAAGUAUUUAUUCAGAGGAUGAAUAUAUAAGAAAAAUUCAAAAACGUUUGGAGGAAGAUAUGUUUGCUAGAGAACAACGAGAAAAGAGACGACGAAAAAUGGUAAUGGAACAGUUAAUAGCACAUGAAGCACAAGAG